GUGUGUGAGGGAAGCCAACAUUCCCAUUCACACUAGCUGCUCUGUAACUUCCUUCUGUCACUCCACCUCUGGUUUACCUACCAAAGCCGAGACAGAGAGAGCUUCGGAAUCUGGAGCAGGGAAGACUGUAGGGAAGCCACCCCUCCUGACCCCCCCCCCCAGUCUUACCCUCUUCCUUACCCCAUGCUGAGAUUCUUCGUCUUCAUCUGUUUGGUGCGGUUGGUGAGCUCUGACACAGAUGAAGAAUGUCACACAUUCACCAAGCUCAGCUUCCACAGCGCCAUUGUGGGCACGAGCCUCAAAGUGAGGCUGCUGCUAUAUACAGGGAAGAACUUCACCUGUGCCAAGGAACUCCAUUCUCCCUUUCCCGUGAGCUUCAACACGACCAAGAAAACUACCUUCAUCAUCCAUGGCUACAGACCGACAGGCUCCCAACCAGUCUGGCUGUCCGAGCUGGUGAAGGGCCUGCUCUAUGUUGGAGAUAUGAAUGUCAUUGUGGUUGACUGGAAUCGAGGAGCCACGAAUCUGAUCUACAGCAUUGCCUCCAGUCACACCUGGGGGGUGGCUGAAAUCCUAAAGGAGACCAUUGACAAGAUGCUGGCCAGCGGAGCAUCUCUUGACAACAUUUACAUGAUUGGAGUCAGCCUGGGGGCCCAUAUAGCUGGAUUUGUUGGACAGAUGUAUGAAGGGAAACUUGGAAGAAUUACAGGUCUGGAUCCUGCAGGCCCUCUCUUCAAUGGGAAGCCCCCACAGGAGCGGCUGGACCACACGGAUGCCCGGUUUGUCGAUGUCAUCCAUUCCGAUACUGACGCCCUUGGCUUCAAAGAAACAUUAGGGAAUAUUGACUUUUACCCAAAUGGAGGACUGGAUCAACCUGGUUGUCCCCAAACAAUAUUUGGUGGGUUGCAGUAUUUCAAGUGCGACCACCAGAGGUCCGUCUUCCUGUACCUGUCUUCUCUGAAAAAAGACUGUGACAUCACUGCCUACCCUUGUGAGUCCUACCGAGAUUACCUAAAUGGCAAAUGCAUCAGCUGUGGAGAUGACCAAUCAAUGCCAUGUCCAAUUCUGGGUUACUAUGCUGAUCAAUGGAAAAAUUACUCAGUGCUCAAGGACCCUCCUGUGACAAAAGCCUUUUUUGAUACAGCAGAUGAAGAGCCGUUCUGCAUAUAUCACUACUUUGUGGAUAUCAUGACCUGGAACAAGAACAUACGAAGAGGUUACAUCACAAUUAAGUUAACAGAUCAGGAUGGAAAUACAACAGAGUCCAAAAUCAGUCACGAGCCUGCCACAUUUCAGAAGUAUCAGCGGGUGAGCCUGCUUGCCAGGUUUACUCAGGAUGUCGACCGGGUGAAGGGUAUCUCCUUGGUGUUCUCUACUGGGUCUGCGAUCUUGCCCAAGUACAAGCUCAGGAUCAUCUGGAUGAAGCUGAGGCCGAUCACACGCCCUGAGAGGCCACAGAUGUGUAGAUACGAUAUCGUCCUGAUGGAAAACAGAGAAAUGGCCUUCCAGCCGAUCCUUUGCUAGACACUCAGACCCAGGCAGCCGCUUGCAGAUGUCAUUUUGCCGUGGAGGCAAAGAACGGAUCAGAGCGCAUAUCCAUGUAUUUGGUUGUCUUGAGGUGUAUCACAAAAUACCAUGCAGUUUUAGAGCCGUGAAAUAAAGUUGGGGGCUGGCACCUUUGGCCUCUUGAAUUUGGUCCUCCUGGAUGCAGGGACAGUCCAGGAUGUUUUUUCUAGUAGUUUAAGUGCCCUGGGGGCUAGAGGCAGGAGUUGGCAGGAGGCCCUCGCUUGCCUGUGGCUUUCACUAUGGGGUGUUAGCCUCUUUCUUCCUCAAUUCCUGCCUGUGCUGAUGUGCUGCUCUACCUCUGGGAUCCUGGGGAGGAGGACUCAAGUCUGUGAAGGGGUUUGGGACAGUGGAAACACCUCUUCAUGUAUGUUGUAUUUAUGUCAUAUGUGAAUGCCUUAUUUAUUUGAAAUGGCCUAAUAAAGUGUAAGCUUCCAAAGGUCA